CCGCGAUUUUUGCAUUCCGCUUGCUGUUUGCCUGUUCCUCCACUUGGCCUCCUGGAUUUUACGAUAUCUCAGCCAUGGCCUUCUUGGGUCGUUGGCGCCUGUGGACAUCCUUUCUUUUGACACAAGCGCUGGAACUGCCACCGCGCUUCACCUUGGACUUGCGCAAGCCAGCGCACACACGUUGGGAUGGUGCAGUAGAUCUCAUUCUCUCCAAGCAUCCUUACGAAGAGUCCUUUUUGCCCGUCUUCCAAGAGCACAACAAGUCCCUCUUCGAUCAGCUCAAUGCAUCGCACUUUGAUGCCUUGGGGAAGGCAGUCUCUAGCCACUACCCCGAGACAGCCUUGGAGCUUCAGGGUAUCGCGCAGCAGUUUGCUGCCCGUGGAUUUCCAGUCACCUUCGAGUAUUUGUCGGCUUGGCUGUAUUUUCAUGAGUUGGCACACAGCGACGUGGUACAGAAGCUGGACGCAAGGGAGUGCACUGGUAUAGUGGCAGAAACCGCAGAUGGCUCCAUUAUGCAGCUUGCAAACAUGGAUCAAAGCCCACUUGCUGCGCGAAACCUGACCCUCCGGAUCAGUGUUGUCGACGACAAGGGAGAGCCUUUGUUCGAAGGCGUGGACUGGUACACACUUCUCUCCACCGGCGUGAGCCGGGCAGUGAAGCGAGGUGUGGCCUCGGUGCAAGAGAACUGGCGCAGCACGGAUCCGGUCCGAAAGCUGGAUGCGAUCAUGGCAGACAUCCAGAGUGGUGUGAUUUCUCAGAUGUUGGUCUUCCGUCGUGCCUUUGAGACGCCCAGCAUCUCCUCCUUCGAGGACUUCGUGGACAACGUCACCCACACACGCCUGGCGGCGCCGUUUUACAUUGUGGCUGCUGGAUCGAAGCCCAAGCAGGGCGUGGCCAUCGCCCGAAACCUCACCACUUCGGAGAAGACUGAUUGGUUCCCUUCGGAUGACUUCUACCUUUGCCAAUGCAACACAGACAGGUGGCGCCCCGACGACCCAGAGGACCCCCGGCGCACGGCGGCGGAAGCCUUGCUGGGGCGUUUGGGGAGGGAGGAAGCCACGGCCAUGGGUCUGUUCGCGGUAGUUUCAGCCUAUCCUGUGCACAAUCCACACACGGCCUAUACCGCGGUGAUGUCAGCAGCAACAGGUGAGCUUCAUGCAUAUGUGCGCGAAGCAAGCUGCCCUGUGGACCCCUAUGCCAGUGUCGUUCUAGACAGGCGGUACUGCUUGAAGAAGGAUCCUGGUGUGCUCAUCAGCAUCUGAAGUUAGACUCGUCAACCGUGAGAAAAAA